CAGCAUUGCGUUCGGCCCAUUCGGCCUCCUUACCUCUAGUCUCCAUGAUUCUUCCGUUCUGCGACUUCCAGAAAUUGGGGAGAGCUCUGAGCGAGAUCGUAGUGGGGGAAAUCCUUAAAGCGUCACCGUUCUGCACAAGUACGACAAGUACCGAGUACAAGUGUUUACGUAUCUGUCACCGGCGGUAAUUGGAUAAUUCGUCGAAUUAAAUAGUAUGGAACUUGAUCGACUAUGCGGCUGCAAAGGGAUUCGAUCCUGUCUGAUUUGCGAAACCAUAUACCGCAUACCGAGAAUAAACCUGGCCGAUAAUUUACAAAAUAAAAGAACUUAUGUCUACUGUAUCUACUGUGACAAAGCUUGGCCCGGAUGGAAUUUGUCUAGUAAUCAACAUCCAAAUCACAGUGGAGUGCCGAUAGACUAUCCUGGUGUUUACAUAGAGCCAAAUUUCUUAAGCAAAAAUAAAGCGAAGUCCUUGAUUAAAAAACUCGAUGAAUUGCCAUGGGACCUUUCACAGAGCGGGCGCAGAAAACAGAAUUACGGGCCAAAGUGCAAUUUUAAAAGGCGUCGACUUCGUUUGGGAAAUUUCUCUGGUUUUCCCGCAGCAACGAGAUUCGUACAGGAAAAAUUUGCAAACGUUCCCUUGCUUCAAGGAUUUCAAACAAUCGAACAAUGCAGUCUUGAAUACGAUCCGAUGCGUGGAGCAUCAAUUGAUCCUCAUAUAGAUGACUGCUGGAUCUGGGGCGAGCGUAUAAUCACUGUAAACAUCACCGGCGAUGCGGUUCUCACGAUGACACCCUACAGAGAUGCGUUGUAUCGUUAUAAUUUGCCUGACGUUGAGACUUACCCAUCUGUUGUCGAAUCUAUCUUGGAUUCAAAGAAAACCCAACCCAAUAUGGAAGCUAUGGAACAUGUAGUCGUGCGAUUGCCAAUGCCUGCAAGAUCGCUCAUGGUUUUAUAUGGUGCAUCAAGGUACAACUGGGAACAUGCUGUACUCAGGGAAGAUGUUAAGGGCCGUCGUCUUUGCAUCGCAUAUCGUGAAUUUACGCCACCUUACUUGGAAGGUGGUGAUCAUUUUGAUGAAGGUAGUAAAAUUUUAGAGAAAGCACGUAUAUUUUGGUGAUGGAAACCACUGUUAUAUUGUAGCGUAAGUUAUUAGAUGAAUUGAUAAAUGGUCAAUUGUAGAUAAAGUGAAUUUUACACUCAUGUUAAUCAUAUCUUGAAGAUUAGUCACCUGUUCGGAUUUUGAGUCAUUCUAGUUGGUUAUUACAAUGUCGAAUGUUUGUGAGAAAAACACGACGUCAUCAAUUUUGUCCUUUCCAAAUUGUUUGUACGUUUUUUUAAUUUAUCAGGCCACGGUAUAUUGUUAUUAUUACCAUUGGUACUAUCAUUAUUUGUCUUUUGACUGUUAUACAAUUGAUUUAUUGCGUCUGCCCGAUCAAGUGGUCAUUUAAGGAAAUUUUUUGACGAAUAGUCAUAGUUAUCGGUGUAAUUACAAUUUAUUCUAAUUUUUUACAAUAUUUUGUAUACAUACAUGUACAUCAUAGUGUAAAUGUGAGUUGUAUUUAUAAAUUAUCUGAUAAAUCACAUUCAUAAAUUUGCAAACCCGUUUUUAAACAUUGAUAUCAACAUUGCAAUAACUGUUUCUUUAUACCUCCACAUAUAUAUGUACUUUUUUAAUAUCUGUUAUUUAUAAAGUUAACUUCAACGAUACACCUAGCCAUUCUGAAUAAUAAUUGCACCUCGCAGUAAGAAAAUUUUGUAAAAAAUUACGGAUAUUGUUUCUACUAGCGUGAAAUCGACUUUGUGCAAGUAAUUUUGCAUGUAUUUACACAGUUAUAUAAAAAUUACUCAAUCACAUGUGUGACUCCAUGAUUAGUUGAAUCAGUUUUAAAUUAUACACUUAGAUUGUUGCCUCAUAGGGGAGAAAACUUCUGUUGUAAGUCAUAGGUCGAGCAGUGACUUCCUUUUUAGCUGUGCCGACACAUUAAAUGUUCAGAAAACACGGAUUUCUUGAAAAAUGACUCAGCACGUGCCGUUUAACAUUUUUUUAUCUAGUUUAUGAAUGUUUCAAAAUUGGAACACGACGAUAUUUUUGAUUUUGCAAUAGCUUCAUACAAACGUUUAGGGUUCAGGGAAUUUAAUGGCUCCUGAUAUUACGUGUAAUAUGAAUGAAAAUAGUUUCUUCAUCCAGUUAAGAACAAUCACUUUCGUAAUAAUAAUAGUAUCAUUUAAUUUUUAUUUUUUUAAAUUUGCCAAGAAUUGUAUCACCGAUGUGUAUAUUUUCCUACAAAUCCUGUCUCAUGAUCUUGAAACGGAUAAUUUCAUUAGAAUAACAUAAGACUAAACAGCUCCACGUGCUUCUGCUUGUACCAAAUGUAUUAGCAUUUGAAUUUCGCAUGCUUAGAAUCAAGAUCCAACAUACCAUAUUCGUUCUGUAAUGUGGCGUCAAAAACGAGCAAUCACCUGAUAUUUUGCUAAACUAUACGGAUAUCAAGCAACAAGACCUUUCGUACAAGUUGUUAGGUGUCUAGCUAUUGCGUUUCAUAUAAGUUGAAAU